AUGGGGGAGGAGGACAUGGCUGCUUCGGACGGGUCGGACGACGAGGUGAGCAAGUACGUCGAGGGCGGGGCCAAGGGCAAGGCCAAGAAGGGCAAGGCCAAGAAGGGCAAGGCCAAGAAGGGCAAGGCCAAGAAGGGCAAGGAGACCGAGACCGAGACUGAGGUUGAGGCUGAGGCUGAGGCUGAGGCUGAGGCCGAGGCUGCGGCUGCGUCUGCGGGACACGGCGAGAACGAGCCGCUGCCGGGCGAGAGCAAGCCGUCGAGCAAGGCGUUCACCUCGCUGGACUUGAGUGAGCCGACGCAGAACGCGCUGGCGGAGAUGGGGAUGACGCACAUGAUGGAGGUGCAGUGGCGGACUAUUCCGCUGCUGCUCGACGGCAACGACGUGCUCGGCGCGGCGCGGACGGGAUCGGGCAAGACGCUCGCGUUCCUCAUUCCGACGGUUGAGCUGCUGCACAAGCUCCGGUUCAAGCCGCGGAACGGAACAGGCGCGAUUGUGAUCACGCCGACGCGCGAGCUGGCCAUCCAGAUCAUGAACGUGGCCGAGGAGCUGAUGCAGUUCCAGUCACAGUCGCGGGCGCUGAUCAUCGGAGGCGCCAACCGGCGGACCGAGGUGGAGAAGCUGGCCAAGGGCCAGAACCUGCUUGUGGCAACGCCCGGGCGGCUGCUGGACCACUUGCAGAACACGACCGACUUUAUCUACCGCAACGUGCAGGUCCUUGUCCUUGACGAGGCCGAUCGCAUGCUCGACAUUGGCUUCGAGGAGGAGCUGAGGCAGAUCCUGUACCUGCUGCCCAAGGAGCGGCAGACGAUGCUGUUCUCGGCGACGCAGACCAAGAACAUUCAGGACCUCGCGCGGCUCUCGCUCAAGUCGCCGACGUACGUGGGUGUCCACGACGAGCUGGCAGCGUCGACCGCCGCCGGGCUCGAACAGGGCUACGUGGUGUGCCCGUCAGCCGACCGCUUCCGCCUCCUGUUCACCUUCCUCAAGAAGAACCGCAAGAAGAAGAUCAUCGUCUUUAUGUCGUCUUGCAACGCCGUCAAGUUCUACGCCGAGCUGCUGACCUACGUCGAUGUGCCGUGCCUCGACCUUCACGGCCGCCAGAAGCAGAACAAGCGGACGACGACGUUCAUGAAGUUUAUCGAGGCCAAGGCCGGCAUCCUCAUCUCCACAGACGUCGCCGCCCGAGGCCUCGACAUUCCGGACGUCGACUGGAUCGUCCAGUACGACCCGCCGGACGACCCCAAGGAGUACAUCCACCGCGUGGGCCGUACCGCCCGUGCCGGCGCCCGCGGCCGUGCCCUGCUCUUCCUCUUGCCCGAGGAGCUGGGCUUCCUCCGCUUCCUUCGCCAGGCUCGCGUCCCGCUCAACGAGUUUGAGCUGGCCAAGGGCAAGAUUGCCAACAUCCAGUCGCAGCUCGAGGCCCUCAUCGAGAAGAACUACUACCUCAACAAGGCCGCCCGGGACGGCUACCGCUCCUACCUGCAGGCCUACGCCUCGCACUCGCUCAAGGACAUCUUUAACGUCCACCAGCUCGACCUCCUCGAGGUUGCCCUCUCUUUUGGCUUCCGCACCCCGCCCAAGGUUCACCUCAACGUUCAGUCGUCCAAGGGCACUCGCAUCGAGCGCCGCGGCGGCGGUGGCGGCUUUGGCUCGGGAUGGGCUAAGCAGGAGGCCAAGCGUCGCAAGCUCGGCUUCUCCGCCGACGACCCCUACGGCUCGUCCGGCCAUCGCUCUGUUGCCCCGUCCACCAGCACGGCCUCCCGGUUCAAGAUGAAGAACACCAAGGGCCGCCAGUUCUCCCGGUAAACGUAAAGCAAACGGCA